AUGCACAGUUACCAUGCACAAUCGAUAUGCUCAGUCGACAUGCACAUCGCCAUGCACAGCCUCCAUGCACAGCCGCCAUGCACAGACGCCAUGCACAGCCGUCAUGCACAGCCGCCAUGCACAGCCGCCAUGUCACAGACACCAUGCACAUGCACAUCCCAUGCACAUCGCCAUGUACAGCUGCCAUGCACAUCGCCAUGCACAGCCGCCAUGCACAGCCGCCAUGCACAACCGCCCAUGCACCCACAGCCGCCAUGCAGCACCAUGCACUAUCCAUGCACAUCGCCAUGCACAGCCGCCAUGCACAUCGCCCACGCACACCGCCGUGCCAUCGCCAUGCACAGCCGCCAUGCACAGCACAGCCGCCCCAACCCCAUGCACAUCGCCAUGCACAGCCUCCAUGCACAGGCGCCAUGUCACAUCGCCAUGCACAACCGCCGUGCACUCGCCAUGCCAGCCACCAUGCCCAUGCUACAGGCCGCCAUGAACAUCGCCAUGUACAGCCGCCAUGCAAUCGCCAUUGCACCGCCGCCAUGCACAGCCGGCCAUCACACCGCCAUGCCACAGCCAACCAUGCCAGCCGCCAGCACACCGCCAUAUGCACAGCCGCCAUGCACAUCGCCAUGCACAGCCGCCAUGCACAUCGCCAUGCACAGCCGCCGUGCACAUCGCCAUGCACAGCCGCCAUGCACAUGCACAGCCGCCAUGCACAUCGCCAUGCACAGCCGCCAUGCACAUCGCCAUGCACAAGCGCCGUGCUCCAUCAUGCAUGGUUAUAUGCGCUCGGAUGUGAGGGCGAGAAGGGCGCCGACGCAUGAUGCUCUCUAUCCGUCAUGA